AUGUCUUGCAUUAGGUUUCUCACAAAACAUUCACCAUCUUCUUCAUUUUCAUCUUCUAUUCUGAGACACAUUCGUUUCAUGAGCAAUGUUCCAGAGAACACGGUGUACUCAGGUCCAACGCCACAAAUCGCAAACCAGAGAACAACACUCAUGCAGCUACGUCAAAAGCAUAGAAACUCGAAACCGAUAACAAUGGUAACCGCAUACGAUUACCCUUCAGCGGUGCACUUAGACAUGGCUGGCAUUGAUAUAUGCCUCGUUGGUGACUCAGCUUCCAUGGUGGUUCAUGGACACGACACCACUCUCCCUAUCACCGUUGAUGAGAUGCUUGUUCAUUGCCGUGCCGUUGCCCGUGGCGCCAAAAAUCCUAUGCUUGUUGGGGACUUGCCUUUUGGCUCCUAUGAAUCAAGUUCCGAUCAGGCGGUUGAUACAGCGGUUCGGAUUUUAAAGGAAGGCGGAAUGGAUGCCAUAAAAUUGGAAGGAGGUUCCCCUUCGAGGAUUGUUGCGGCGAAGGCUAUUGUUGAAGCGGGAAUAGCAGUGAUGGGGCAUGUAGGGCUUACUCCACAGGCCAUUAGUGUUUUAGGGGGUUUUAGACCUCAGGGAAGGAACAUUUUAAGUGCUGUCAAGGUUGUCGAGACAGCAUUGGCUUUGCAAGAAGCAGGGUGUUUUUCUGUUGUUCUAGAAUGUGUGCCUGCACCUGUGGCCGCCGCAGCAACAGCAGCACUUCAAAUUCCCACUAUUGGAAUUGGGGCCGGACCCUUUUGUAGUGGACAGGUGCUAGUUUAUCAUGAUCUUCUUGGUAUGCUUCAGCACCCCCAUCAUGCAAAGGUUACUCCAAAAUUUUGCAAGCAAUAUGCUCGUGUAGGAGACAUUAUCAACAAAGCCUUACUAGAGUAUAAAGAAGAUGUGACUAACGGUUCAUUCCCUGAUGCUCACCAUAGUCCAUACAAAAUUAGUGAAGCAGAUGCUGAAGGUUUUUCUAAUGAGUUGCAAAAGCUAGGUUUUGACAAAGCAGCAUCCGCAGCAUCUGAAGCAGUUCAAAGGCUUAAUGCAACCAAAUAAGUCUUCAUGUUUUUUCAUUUGAUGUUGUUCGUCUUCUUUGGUGGCACACCGAUUUGAAACGGCAUGAUAGAAUUGAAGUUCAGUCAACUACUGAUAUAUAGAGUGAUGAUGCAACUAUCUUAGGCCAAUUCGCACCAUUUUCUUUUAUGUAUCAAUAUUUUGUUCUCCAGCAUUGUAUAUGGAACAUCAAUGAAACCUUAGGCAGAUUACCAAAAGGAAAUUAUGUUUUUAUCAAUGUAAGAGCAAAAUGUUGGGAACUGAUUUUGAAAUUUUUCACUAUUCAGAGAAGAGAAGUGGUCCAUAAUAGUGACCAAAUAAAUGUCUUUCCAAUUUU